UGCAGAGCAAUCUUCUACCCAGAUGUCUUCUAGUUGCAGGAGACACAUUGCCACAGUCCACUCGAAAAGAUUUCUCAAUUUCUUGCAUUUGAACACUGUCAAGAUUUGGAGGUUGUGAAAGAUUGCAAGGUGAGCAGGGCCAUUCCAAAAUUUUGUUGAGUUGAGGCAGCUUCUCCAAUUUUAGUUUUUUUAUGUUUUGCAAGACAAUUUGUCCUUCUUCUAGCCCUUUAGAUCGAAAUACAUCUUCUAAUGAAUUGGAACUUAAACGUAUCACUUCCCGAUUUUGUAGUCUUUGCAAAAAAUUAGAUAGCAGCAGUCCAUCCACCAAGUCAAUACAUUGUUCCACUUCCAAUAACCUCAGCUUACCCAAUGACCCAUGUGGUAGUUGGCCAACACAUAUCUGUUUCAAGCAAUCCAUAUUGUAGACGCGCAA